AAGUUUUUUUUCUAUGGUAUAAAAAUGUAAAAAAAAAUUAUGAUAAUAAUAAUAUGAACUGCUGUGAGUAUGGAGAAGUCCCAUGAUAAAGGAAAUCCUGACUACUAUUAAAAAAGGCAGUAAAAAAUGUAAAUGGAAACAUUUGGACAUGGAAAGUUGAAAAAGACAUUUCCAUAAUGGAUGGCCCCAACGAAAGACUAAUGAAGUCAAUUUUUGAUAAGGACCUAAAUGUAAUUACCCUGAACAAUGACAUCCAUAUCAACAAGAUUUGCCGCAACGGAAUGACCCUUAUUGGGGCAGCGGCACAGACGGGCAACCUACCUCUUUUAAAAUUACUUGUAGAUUUUCACCAGAGCAAAAGUGCCCCAUUAAAUUCCAUCGAAAAUAGAAAUAAACCUCAGUUUUUGCAACUGGAAAUUGGUAGUCCCAAAAGAUGUAAAAAUAUUGGGUAUUUUGUGGUUACCCGGGAGGAAGAAAAUGAAUUCGGGGAUGGCCCUACUCCUGAAGGGAUGGAGGGCUUAGAAUGGGACCUAGAGGUCAAUGAUGCUAAUAACUUUAAUACAGAACCAGAACCAGUGGAAGACAGCACCAUAGAUCUCUAUAGGUGGUAUGCUAAUAUCUUAAAUAGAACUGCUGUUGUUCUUGAAUCCCCAGAGCAAGACUUUAGCAGGUUGGAUCAGCAUGGGCAAAGUAUUCUACAUUAUUCCGUUAUGUCUGGCUCCGUAGAAAUGAUGGAGUAUUUAUUAGAUAACUUCGGUAGAGAGCUGAGCAUUAACCAAAGUGAUAAAAAUGGCUUUAACUGCCUCCACAAAGCUGUCUUAAGUGGUGAUAUGGAUAUGGUCCGGUUUUUGAUAAGAAAGGGGGUGAAUGUGAACGCUUUUGCCGGGAGGCACAGAACAACACCACUGCACAUAGCUGCAAAAUUGGACCUCCACUCGAUAUUGCGUUUUUUGAUCGAGUCAGGUGCCAACGUGAACGCUCUAGAUUCAGAAGAUCGCACUGCUUUAAAUUGGGCGGUGAGGGAAGGGGAUGAGGAAUCUGUGAGGAUUCUUUGCGAGGCAGGUUCUUUGGUAAACAAUGAGGAACCUGGAGAGAUUUUACCCUUAGAUUUGGCUGUGUAUAAUGGAAAUGCCGCAGUGGUGAAACUUCUGUUAAAACAUGGAGCGAGGAUAAUUCCUUCACAUCACUUACUGCACAAGGCUAUCUCCCGAAAUAAUUUAGAUGUUGCUAUGGCUCUGAUCGACGGUGGGGCGAUGAUUAACGGAAGGGAUUCAAACGGGUUCACUCCCAUUAUGACCGCUUGUUCCAGGAAAAACGCUCUAAUACUACAGUACCUGAUUUACAAAGGAGCAGAUGUAAACAUUCACAACCCCAUAGAUGGAAGAACGGCUUUACACGUCUGCAGUCAAGACGUCCGGUCAGAGAACAACGUCAACCGAUUAAUUUCCAUUUUAGUGAACAGCGGUGCUAACAUGAACGCCUCUAGUUAUCAAGGCACCGUAUUGCUUCACGCUAUCGUUUUAGGUAACGUUUAUGCAGCGAUGGCUUUGAUACGACAUGGCGCAGAUGUGAAUAUCAAAGACGACCGGGUGUGUUGCGAUGUCUUGAGCGUCUCACAACGUUACGGCACUUCGGAACUGUGCAAAGCGACCGUGUAUGCCGGUUUUCAUAUGAAAGACAUGUCCCACGACCCCAAAAAACUGCGAAAAGGUCCCAACGAUGACACGUUCGACUUUAUACUACACGCCAAAAUAAACCCGCUAAAUCUGCGAGAAAUUUGUCGCAUCGUUAUAAGGAAGAAAAUCGGAUCUGACAGGUUACUCUCGAAAAUCAGGACUCUUCCUUUACCGACCAUGUUACAUCAGUAUUUGUCAUUGGAAAUACUUGAAUAGUCAAUUUUUGUUUUAACCCUGGACAUAACAAUUUAAAGAAUUUUGAAUUUGAAUUAUUGAGUCAAAUAUGAGUAUUGAAUUUGGUAACACACUGAAUUUUUUCCCCUAAAUUAUUUUGUGAUCUCAGAUUCGUUUGAGGGUGUACAUGUUCAAUGUGGUUUUAGUAGAUGUUUUUGGUUACACACCCUUGAAAUUAGUUUUAAUUAAUUUGUAACAAAAAAAAGACAUAUUAAUUGUUAACCUAGUAAAUAAUUUUCUUUGUUCUUACUAAGGCAUAAAAGUUGAGGAAAGAUUAAUAAUAUUGGUGAUAUAGUAUGUAGAGCAAAAAAUACGCUGUGUUCAAGUAAUUACUUUAGGUAUAUUGCCAUAUUAUUAGAACCAUGAUAAAAAAUGAAGUUUCCUUGACUUAUGAUACGUCUAUUUUAUAUUGAAACACCGAAAUUUAUUAUAAAUACAACGAGUGAAAUUUUUUUACAUGAAAAUACAUUUGUGCGCAAAAAUCAUUAUACAAUUUUGACCUCUGGGUUAAUUUCCAGUACAAUUAAGUGUAUUGAUUAACUCUUUCUUGGUUGUACAGGCUUUUAUCCUACAUUCAGAUUACAAAAACUCUCGGACGUUCUAAAUAGGGUUCAUGUCGGGCGAAUUUCCCGGCCAGUCAAGAAUAUCUACUGUUUUUUAGCUAUGAAUGUUGUAUUUCUUUGUGAACCAUCUUUUUACUUGAGGUAGCAGCAAAACUUUCCAGUAUUUUUCGGCGUUUAUUGUCUUUUCGACAACGUAUUCGCACCUAGUAACUGAUUACUGACGAUACUGUAUAUAGCAUUUUUUAACCUAUUACCAGUCAUAAAUGAUGAAAUCCUUGUAUUUUUUUAGCCAUUGGUAUCACAAGAGUUGACCAAGUUAUGAGAAAGAAAAUCUAAAUUAAAAUCCUGCUUUAAAAACUUUCAACUCAAAUUAUUCGGUCACUUUGCUUUCAGAUCUUCACCGAGGUCCACUUUUUGUUUUCUACGUUGUACAGAAGACAUCUCACAAUUCGUGCUAUUUGGUAUUGGGACUUUCCCAUUUUAAAAUUGUUUUUUUCGCAUAAUGUUCGUCCGUCAACAAUACACUCGCCUGAUGGAAUUGGAGAGGGUUAAACCUACCAACACAUCAACAAAAAAUUCAUAAUAACAACGAGGAACAUAUGAAAAUAGUAGAUUUGCAGCAUGAAUCUAAUAAUAUGGCAAGGGACUGUAAUACAGUAGUAGCCUCUUUAAUCCGGACAAUUAAAUGUGUGUUUUUUUUAAAUAAUCAAAUAGGAGGGUUGGUAAAUCUUUAUUAAUGUAUAAAUUCUCUAUGAUAGGCAAUACGUUCCUAAUAAACAUGAAUAAGAAGUAAUUCGCUAAUUCGGUGCUAAACCUUGUAAACUUAAUUAAAAUGAAUCUUAGGCGAAAAAAAUGUUUUUUUUUUACAAAUAAAUGUUCAUGCAAUAUCUUAUUGAUGCUCAUCAUAAUAAAGGACACCACUUAUCUUACGAUAUGACGUUUUUUGGUCUAUGUUCAUGAGUAUCGUCACUAAAUGCAAGGUCUACUUCUAGACAAAUUAAUCCAGUUUUCAAGAAAGUACUUCACGUUAAUUUUUCCUACUAAGAAUUUUUAACAGCAAUUCAAUUUCGACUAAUAUUUUGAAUUGGUUAUUAUGUAUGUUUAAAAAUUAAUAGAACCUUUAUUAUCGGACAAGAGAAAUACAAAUUUUCCUUUAUUUCAAAUGACUUGUUCGUAUUAAAGAGGUUUCACUAUAUUUAGGUAAAAGCAUUAUUAAAAUUUAAGUUUCCAUAAGCACUAAAAAAUGCACAUUAAAACAAACAAAAAAAUCAAACAUUUCAAGAGUACAACUUUUUCAAUUUUAUAAAUCACGCUACUUUUAUACGAAAUUCCACGACACAUUAUUAUGCUUAUUAAGCUUUACAUUUUUUCGGUAGAUCCUUUGGUUUUUUAAGACUUAUUUAAUUAUAAUGUUAUUGCA